AUGUUAACAUCAACUGAGGUACCGAUGCUUUUGCAAAGGCUUCACAUUCAUAAUGGCUAUCGUCCCCUUCAUCAGCCACGUUUCUAUUAUUACAGGAGCGCCUUUCUUCUGCAUAAUGAACUGAUAAACGUGUGGACACAUUUCUUGCCAAUAGUCCUACUUGCCUAUUACUAUGUGAUUCCCGAAAUUCAAUCCGAAACACCAAGAUUCCCAGCCUUGGUUCUCCAUUUUGGGACGGCGUGUUUAAUGGCCGGAAGUACGAUCGCUCAUUUAUUGCACUCCCGAUCUCCAUUAGAUCACGUCUUCUGGUUUUGUGUCGAUUUUGCCGGAAUCGGAAUUUGGAGUCUUUGUAUUGGAUUGCAGAGAUUUUCAGCUGAACACGAUUCGGGAUUGCUUUUUGAUUUGUUAUACCUUCCAUCAUUGUUGAUCUUUGUGAUUCCAAUUCAAUUCAUGACGACAACUGUUUUCUUCGUCACUCGACCACAUUGGAAAUUAAGACAUUUGAUUCGUCUCCUCGCUUGUCUAAUCAUGGCAAUUUAUCUCAAUGCUCCAUUGACAAGAAGAUUUUGGACAAUUCCCAUUGAAACAUCUCCGUCUCUUCAAAUGCAUUCGAAAUCUUUUCAAUGGUUACUCGUCUCUGGAAUAUUUAUGGGUGGAAAUGUGCCUGAAAGAUGGGCGCCUGGUAUUUUCGAUCUUGUGGGAUAUGGACAUCAGCUUUUCCAUUUGUGUAUCAUCAUGGUUGCAUGGAAUCUCGUUGAUGCUGCUCAUCUUGAUUGUGAUCUCGAAACGGCAUCUCCAUUUCUUCCAAAGAACCUCGCUACACUCAUUGUAUUGUUCAUCGGUAUUGGAGUGAUCUUCGAGACGAUUCGACGAUUAAUGAGAAUUGCCAAAGAAAAGUAUCAA